CGGUUUUGUCUUUUCAAAAACAUGUUGGAUACAAUUACGCUAACUUGCUUACUUACUUUCAUAUCUUCAGUGGUUUGCACUAAUAAUACAUUUGAAAAUAUACCAGAUUAUGAUUUAAGGCUUGAAGAACUAGUUGUAAGACAUGGAUAUCCAAUAGAAGUUCAUCAAAUAAUAACCGAAGAUGGAUAUAUUCUUGCAGCUUAUCGUAUACAAAAACAACAAUCCGACAACAAGAAUAAGAGUGCAAUUUUGAUAGUCCAUGGAAUGGGUGGUACGCCCCACUAUUUUCUACUUUUAGGCAAAAAAAGGUCGUCUGCCUAUUAUUUAGCUGAUCGAGGAAUGGACGUAUGGCUGUUUUCAUCUAGAGGCGGUGAAACUCCUUUUGAGAAAAAGCACGUGAAAUUAGACUGGAAUAAGGAUUCUGCCUAUUGGUCGCAUAGUUUCCAUGAAAUAGGAAUAUACGAUUUGGCAGCUACAAUCGAUUAUGUUUUGAAUUGUACCAGACAAGAAAAAAUUAUUGUAAUUGGACAUUCUGAAGGAGGACAUACGAUUCAUGCCUUGAUGUCUGAAAAACCGGAGUACAAUCGGAAAGUGAAGCUACUAAUAUCGUGGGGUACCGCCCCUAUUCUAAGACGUAUGGAUUAUCCAGUUAUACUUUUGGGUAUACAAUUUGGAGGUCUUGCAAAAGUUCUUAUAAAAUUUUUAAGAAUAUUCGAACUGAUUCCUCCGGCUUUUUCAAGUCUCAAACGCCAUUUGAUAGAACUAUUAACAAAAAAAGAUCCAUUUUGGUGCAAAUCUAUCAAAUUUUCAUUAGACAUUGGUGGCGGUCAUAAGUCUGUUAUGCACUUUGAUGAGUUUUAUCCUACGUUCGUCAGUCACUUACCUAGACUAUCCAGUAAGCGAGCUCUUCAUUUACUGGAUAAUAUUCAUAAUGGUACUUUCAGAAAAUUCGAUUAUGGUCCUAAAGGUAACCUCAAACGUUACGGCCAAACAGAACCUCCUCAUUACAACUUAUCAGCUGUAACUGCUCCCAGUGCUUUCUUUUCAGCUCCUCUAGAUGCUGAAAUAACUUUAGAGGACGUCUACGAAUCCAUUCUGAAUCUACCCAAUACGAUUUACCUGUACAGAAUACCAUUUUAUAGGUUUAAUCAUGUUGAUUAUAUUUUCGGUCACAAUGCUACUGAAUUGGUUUAUGAGCCGACAUACCAGUUGAUUAAAAAAAUUGAUAGUGGUAAUAUUCCUCCCCGUGUUAAGAAUAAUACAGCAUUAAAAAUGGCCAAAUGUGCCUUAGUUAUAUUAGCAUUGAAUUUCCCAAUAAUCCUUGCUGGAUACAUAAUUCAUCCAGAAGUGGAUUUAAAUUUGGAACAACGCAUUAAAAGGCAUGGCUAUCCAGUGGAAACUUAUAAAACUUUUACAAAAGAUGGCUACAUCUUGCCUGUUUACCAUAUACCUCACGGCCUCAAAAAACCAACUGCAGAAAUCAAAAAUAAAAGUGCCAUUUUGUUGGUACACGGAAUGGGAGCAUCGCCACAUACUUACAUCAUUUUAGGUCCAAAGUUUUCUUUGCCAUAUUUUUUUGCAGACAGAGGCUAUGACGUUUGGCUGUUUUCUGCCAGGGGAGUCCGUUCGACACUUGAAAGAAAACAUAAAAAGUAUGAUUGGGAUAAAGACAGGAAAUAUUGGAUGUUCAGUUUACAUGAAAUUUCAAUUUAUGAUCUACCAAGUACCAUAGAUUUUGUACUGAACUAUACUGGUCAAGAAAAGUUGUCAUUGAUAGGACAUUCGGCCGCUGGCAAUGAAUUUUUCAGUAUGUUUUCCGAUAGACCUCAGUACAACGAAAAAGUGAAAAUUGCAAUCAGUUGGGGCAGUUCGCCCAUUGUGAAACGUACCGAUUAUCCGUUAGCAAUGUUGUUGUCGGCCCUUGUACCUGUUUGGAAGGGCUUAAAUAGGCUUUUGCGUGCAAGCGAAUUUUUGCCAAUGUUCAAGCAGUUUUGGGAUUUGGUAAAAGAUGUAUGCGCAAAUCCGAAUUGGACAGAGAUGUGCAAUUUGUGUACGGCAAUGAUUGGUAGCCAUAAAUCAGUAAUACAAAAUCCGAAAGAUAUCCAAAUUAUCGCCAGCAAUCUCCCUCGUCUGUCUGGUAGGCAACUGUUCCAUUUUAUGGACAAUUUCAAUAACGGUACUUUUAGAAAAUACGAUUAUGGGCCUAAAAUAAACAUACACCUGUAUGGACAACGAAGCCCACCGCAUUACAAUUUAUCAGCUGCAACAGCGCCCACUGCUUUUUUUAUCGGAUCUUGGGACAGUAUCAUAAAUAUAGAGGAUAUUUAUGAAUCAGUUGCCCAAAUACCUAACACGGUCUUGAUUUAUCAGAUACCCUUCGACAAGUUCACACAUACAGAUUUUAUUUUCGCUAGGAAAGCUGCGAGUUUGGUGUACAAACCUACCCUCAAGUUGAUAAAGGAUAUUGAUGAUGGUCUCAUCAUUUUAGCUGGGAAUAGCAAGGAAGAGAAACUCAAAAUAGUGUCUAAAAACAAAAAAGAAACCGCAAUGGUGGUAGACUGA